GGCAUCUUGUGUCAUUCUCAUUUCACAAUUAGACUUUAGUGAAGCUCUUCUUGCACUUUUCCCGCUAUAGAAUAGUAAUAGUAAUAGUACUACCUAGUUUGUACAACACCCUUCUUAACUCAACACCUAAUAAGCAUUCAUUUCAUUCAUUCAUUCCUUCUUUCUCCAAACUUCAAAAGUUUCUCAUACUUUCCUCCCUAUUUCUCCCCCAAAACACACAGUCAUACACUACUACUAGUUUACUACCUCUCAUGGCUUUACCACCGCCUAUGGAAGAACAACAACCAUUAGAGCCACUUCAGUACCAGACAUGGAAUUUGAAAGUUUCUAUCCACUGCCAAGGCUGCAAGAGAAAAGUGAAGAAAGUUCUGAUGAGUAUUGAAGGGGUUUAUACUGUGAGUAUUGAUUCACAACAGCAGAAAGUUACUGUGACUGGGAAUAUUGAUCCACAGACUUUGUUAAGGAAAUUAGUGAAAACAGGGAAGCAUGCAGAGAUGUGGCCUGAAAAGCCUCCUGGUAAUGGUGGGAAGGAUAAAAAGGCUGGGAAACAGAAUGGAAAUGAUAAUAAUGGCGACACAAAGAGUACCGAAGGGAGUGAUGAAGAACAAGAAGAGAAUCCAGGUGAAAAUACCAACAGCCCUGUCAAGAAUGUUGCAAAUGGUGGUAGUGGACAAGUUGUGAAAUUUCUUGGAGUUGACGGUGUUGUUGCAAGGGGAGGUAUUGAUGGGAAGAUGAUCGGAACAACCGGAGAAAAGCCUCCGGCGAAUGAGCCGAAAAGCAACAACACGAACAAUGGAAAUGGUGCAGCAGCUCCUGGUAGUGGAGGCCAUGGUAAAAAGAAGAAAAAGAAAAGCAAAAAAGGUAAUAACAACAAUAACAACAGCAGCAGCAAUAACAACAAUAACAAUGCAGCUUUAGGAUCUGCUUUGGCACACUCAAGCACAGGAAUGGAGGCUCCAAUUCCAAAUAUGGGUCUUAAUCAAGUUGGUGAUCAGGAUAAUCUCAGCCCUUCAAAUCAGAAUUUGUACCAGUAUCCCCCACAAAGUUAUGCCCCUUAUCAUCAUCAAGCAUAUGUUGUCAGUUACAAUGCUGUUCACCCCAGCAUUAGUGCUGGUCCAAUGUGGUAUAUGCCCCCAUCAUCAUCACCAUACAUGUAUGCAUACACACAGUCAUCAGACCUUUACUCUCCAGAGAAUUAUGGUGGGGGAUCAUCAGCAUUGAAUACAUUUGAAAUCUUGAGUGAUGAGAACCCUAAUGCAUGUUCUGUUAUGUGAGAAAACUGAGAUUAUCUUUCUGAGAUGUUCUGUUAUUAGUCUAAUUAGAAGUAUGAUUUUGUGUGGACCAAGAAAAGUUGUAUAUAAGUGCAGGCAGUAGGGAAUGGUGGAGUCAAUGCUACUUUUGAGCUUUUUGAUGAGUCUUUUGUAGGUUGUUUUUUUUGUAUGCUUAGAUUUCAGGGAAUUAGAUUAGUAUUAAUGACUAAUGACUAUUUGUCUGACUUUUUGGCAGUUCCAAAGAUCUUUAGAUCAUAUUUUUACCAUUACUAUAUUGCCACAAUCCUUGAGUUUGCUGUUGAGUGAUAGUAUUUGUGAUGUAUUGAUUCAAACCAUGGAUGCCUUACAUUUAAUGAAAAAAGACAUGCAAGGACCACCAAAUAACCUUAUGAAAAUUAUGAUACAUUUUUUGAAGCUCUUUUUAUCAUCUUGAGUGAUAAGCUAAAAAAGCAUUCUUUUUGGCUGUUUUCCACUUUCACAAUUCCAGUUGACAAAACAAUUUGGUUCUAGUCAAGAAUCUACCCUGUUCUUUCCUGUAAUUUCUGAUGGUUUCAGCUCAAAAAGCUUAAAACACCAAAAUACAAUCUAUCCAAUUCAGUUCUAUGAACAAAUUGCAAAAGGGAGUCAACAGUUGCUGCCAGAAAGUUGAAAUGAUUCCAUCUUCAAGCAGAAACAAGAACUCAGUAACAGAUAUCCUCACAAGAUUGAUUCCAAAACAGAGUUGCAAAAGAAAGAUGGAAUAUAUAUUAUGGACUAGUCUUUUGUAAUCUGCCUAAAUUAUGAAACUCAAAUAUUUUCAGGCUCUUGAUAAGUGGGAGGGAGAAUAACACAACACCCUAAUCUAAAAUUUGCAGAAUAUUCAGCAAAAAGUAUUCU